AUGACCCCGGGCCCCCUGCUCUGGACGCUGGCCCUGAUUGCAGGCUGCUGGGCGCAGGGCCUGUGGGUCUCCCAGCCCAGCUCCGUGCAGGGCACCGAGGGUGGCUCCAUCACCCUGCCCUGCGCCUACAACAGCACCCGGGAGCCCAGGCUGGGCAGCUACACCUGGGUGAAGGAGGUGGCGGGCGCCCGGCUGGAGCUGAGUGACGGGACCCAGGAGUUCAGGGGCCGGGUGAGCCGGGCCCGGGACCGGAGCUUCCUGCGGGAGAGGAGAGCCGACGUGGAGCUGCGGGACCUGAGACCCUACGAUGCCGGGACCUACCGCUGCCUGGUGAAGAUCCCCACCGUGGGAGAGGGGGCUGGGAACGGGACGUGGCUCCAGGUGCUGAAACCGGCCCGUUCAGUGCCCAUGGACGUGAAACCCGACCGAUUUGUCCUCUUGUGGCUUUUCCUGCGUGGCCUGAUCUGCAUCUUUGGCCUCGCCGCCGGCGCCAUGGGCACCAGCCUGUUCUACCAGACGAAACUGUCCCGGAGGAGAAAGAGACGAGUCAGGGAGCUUCAGGCCAAAGCCCAGCUGUGAAUAUGACUGUUCGUGUCUCCUGCUCUAACCACUAGCCCGUAGUGCCCUUGCAGAACCAGGGAGAGAACCCAGGAGUCCUGGCUCCCAGCCUCCCCCACUCUAAUCACCAGCCCCCAUUCCCCUCCCCAGCACUCCCCUGUACACGUAACCAACAAUUACAACUUUUCUUCAUGCCCCUGCUCCAGGAGUCCCGGGGAUCUGGGCUCUGGGUUAAAAGCUUGUCUCUUUUUCCCCCGUCCCGGCCGGGGAGAACAGCUGGAAAUUGCGACCCCAAAACGCUGAGAGAAACCCAACGGCCGGUUGAAAUGGAACAUUUGGAGUUGUGGGCAUCUCGCUUUCCCCUGCCCGCCCCACUCGCGUUCAUUUCCAGCCCGUCUCGUCCUGCCUCCAGCCCCGAUUUGUUCUUUUUCCAGAGAAUCGUGGGGCCUGUGAUGGGUGGGGUCACAGAGGCCCCCUUGGGACCGUCACCUGACGUGCUGAAUUUACCUCUGAGCCCAUUUUCCCUGCCAGCUUGGGACUCCAGACCCCUGCCUUGUUGAGCCAGACGCGCCAGCCUGGUGCAAUCCAGACGCAGGUCUGGGCCACGUCCCCCGGAAGCUGCAAACUUAACUGAAAACAGCUUGAGAAGUGCUCCUGCCUCCAGCUCCCAGACCCCCAGCUCCCAAUGGGGUCCAAACCCCACAUAAAUCCCUUUUACUCUGUAUUAAGCUUAUACAGGGUAAAUGCAUAAAUUGUCCGCCCUCCAUAACACUAAUAGAGAGAUAUGCCCAGCGGUUUGCUCCCCCCAGGGAUUAAUCACUUACUCUGGGUUAAUUAAUGAACAAAAGUGAUUUUAUUAAGUAUAAAAAGUCGGAUUUAAGUGGUUCCAAGUAAGAACAGCCAGAACAAAGUAAGUCACCAAGCAAAAUAAAACAAAAGGCGCCAGUCUAAGCCUGAUACGUGAAGAAGCUGAUUACAGGUGAAUCUCACCCUCGGAGGGGUUCCAAUGAGCUUCUUUUCCAGACCAGACUCCCCCCUAGCCUGGGCCCAUCCUUUCCCCAGUACAGCCCUUGAUCCAGCUCAGGUGGUAACUAGGGGCGUUCUCAUGACUGGCCCCCUUUGUCCUGUUCCACCCCCUUUUAUAGCUUUGUCCCAAGGCGGGAAUCCUUUGUCUCUCUGGGCCCCCACCCCUCCUUCUAAAUGGCAAAGCCCCAGGUUCAAGAUGGAUUCCAGUACCAGGUGACAUGGUCCCGUGUCCUGGGAGACUUCAUGACCCACUGGCUGGCAGCCAGGGACCCAGGAGGGCUUGGAAGUAAACAGAGCCAUUUACCACCAAUUGUCCUCGUCAGUGGGAGCCAUCAAGCUUCCAAGCCCCCAUUAAUGGCCCACGCUUUGCAUCGCGACAACAGGCCUCAGCGUUAUGUUUCAUAUUCCUAGUUUCCGAUACGAGGGUGACAGCAUCAUACCAACGGGAGGCCCACGCUCAGCCGGUUAUAAGCUCUGUAAUGACACCUUACAAGAGACCCUUUGCCUGAAGUAUAUUCCAGUUACAUCCUGGUCACACUCGUUAGCAGAUUUUCAUACCAUCAUACGGGGCACAACGUCACCGGGCCGUCCUGAGUCGCGAUUUCCCCCGGCCCAUCCGCUGGAUUCGCGACUUUCCCAGCCAAGCUGGUGAUUUCCCCAGGCCCUGGUUUUUUAGGCCAGUCUCAUGGUAUUUUGGGGCCCUGACACCACCCGGAGCAGGGCACCGGCCACCUCCUCGCUCCACCAUCUCGACUCGCUGCGUUUCUCUGC